UCUUGGUACCUAUAAAGGUUAUCUUGGGCCGACAUUGUUCAUUAAUGUUCUGAUGAUGAGAAUAAUCGUGUUGUGCCUUAUUUUACUUUUGGCAAACUGCCAUGCCCAGGACAACAACUUUGUUGAGGUUAUUUCCGAAUACAAAGAUACAAUUAAAGAACACCGACUCAACUGCCUCAAGGAAACGGACACAAUACCGAAUAAAUUGGAGAAUUUAUUGAACCAUGGUGUUUACGACGCGAUCGACGGUAACUUGAAAUGUUGUCUGCGAUGCCUGUAUUUGAGAUUGGGAAUAUUUGACGAACAUGGCCGGAUUAGUGAAGAGACGAUGAGGGAAACUUCGGGAACUGAUAGUUUGGAAAUUCAAAACGCUAUAAUUUCAAACUGUCGGUUUAAAAAUGCCAACCUGUGCGAUCUAGCCUUCGAUAUUAGCAAUUGCACGUAUUACACCGUCAAAAAUUUCUAUUAGAAAUAUAAAUCACGGCUUAGGGGCGAAUUUUAGAUAAAAACUGUAGGAUAUAGACACUAAUUAUACUUGAUGUUUCUUAUACAAAAAUGUUUGUUGAAUAAUCUGCCGUAUACGGGGACAGGUAAAAAAGUUAUCGGACCUAAGCUCAUUUUUCAAAUUCGAACACCCUGUUUAUUAAAUCUAACAAGAUAGCAUAUUAUCCUCUUUUCAA